GAUUGUCUGAGUGCUCUCUCUUCUUUGUCAUCUUUCCAGUUUCUUCAUCUAUUAAUUUUCUUGGAAAAUCCACACAAAAUUUCUUGUCACUUUUAUUGCAACAGCUUCUCUCUCCCCCUCAAAAGCUGCUACAAUUUUGAUCAAAGUAGUGCUCCAAUGGCGAGGCCUGGCAACAAGAUCAUACAAGCCAAACUGGUGGGUGCUUCUAGGGGACAUGGGAACUGGGAAAACCAGCUUGGUGUUAAGAUUUGUCAAAGGCCAGUUCUUCGAUAACCAGGAACCAACGAUAGGAGCAGCUUUUUUCACUCAAAUACUGUCUUUAAGUGAAGCCACUGUGAAGUUUGAUAUAUGGGACACCGCAGGACAAGAACGAUACCAUAGCUUGGCUCCUAUGUACUAUCGUGGUGCAGCAGCAGCUGUAGUCGUGUAUGACAUCUCAAGCACGGAGACAUUUACUCGAGCCAAAAAAUGGGUUCAAGAAUUGCAGAGGCAAGGGAAUUUAAACUUGGUGUUGGCAUUGGUUGCAAAUAAGUGCGACUUGGAGGCAAAAAGGGAGGUCGAGAGUGAGGAAGGGGAGCAAUUUGCUCAAGAGAACGGGAUGUUUUUCUUGGAAACAUCAGCCAAAACCGCGCAGAACAUUAACGAGCUUUUCCAUGAAAUAGUUUUGCAUUCUAGCCUGGUUUUUGAAAUUCGGACAACGCUUAGACGGUUCUUUUCCUUUCCACCUAUGCAGCGAAGAGAUUGGCAAAAGCUGCUCCCGCAAAGCCUGCCAGAGUGAAUCUAAACAGCGAAACACGCGACAGAAGAAGAAUGGGAUUUUGCUGCUUGGGAUGACUCGACGACAUUUUUUGAGAAAUCCCAUUUUGCCUGUGGCUCGAAGAUCGUGUUCUUCAAAGUGCAAGUCGAAGUCUCAACAAAUUGCUGACACGAAAUCAAACAUGUUAUUGAUUGAAAGAUACAUCUGUACAUAAGAUUCUAAUACGUUCUGCAGAACACCAAUGUUGCCUUGACAAUCAUAUUCGUAUGUCACCGAUGUUCGUCGAAAGCAUAUGAAGCAGUGUAGCCAUUACACAAAAACUUAGGUUGGAUGGAUCAGCUCAUCUGUAGACUAACUGUAAAGGCAGUCCUCAUUCUUUUUCAUCAGCUUGUGUGCGGUUUCCAACCAUCUAUACAUCUUUUUCGCGGUUUAAGUCCA